UAUACAGGGUGUAAAUGAAUAGUUUGGAAAGAAUCUAAAGGUGGAUAGACAUAGUCAUAGAAUAGACAACAAUAACCACCAUGAAGUAAAUCAGGUGUUUUCUGUGAUCACCACAGGGUGGGUAGUCUGUGGGUUGAACGUUUGAGCUCAUUCCAUUUUUAACCGUUUAGUUUGAAGUAGAGAGAACCUGUUGUGUCUGGUUUGAAGUGUCCUGUUACUCCUGUUGAAGUUUAUCUAUGGUUGGUUAUUUCUACUUGCGAAAAUGUCAGCUCAGUUCUUUUACGUAUUGAAUAAAGUGAAAAUUGUACGAGCGUUCAAAAUGUCGCGGUUCGUACAAUCAUAUAAAAAUGCUUUACAAAAAUAUCCCGUUAUAGUACAAUCAGUUCAAGUGGGUACUUUGAUGGGAAUUGGUGAUGUUAUCGCCCAGAAGUUUGUCGAACAAAGACAUAGUGAAAAAAGUUAUGAUUUUAGAAGAACUGCGAAUUUUGUUUUAUUAGGAACUUUUUUUUUGGGUCCAGUUAAUACUAGAUGGUUCAGGAUAUUGGAUAAAUAUGUUGAGGGAAAACCCGCCGAGAAAGCUCUGAAAAAAGUUGCAUUGGAUCAAUUCGUGUACAUUCCAUGUUUACUUGCGGUUUUUCUCACAUCAUUAGAAUAUUUAGAGAGGAAAUCUCUUGAUGAAGCCAAAAGAGCAGUUAAACUUUAUUACUGGGAUGUUAUGAAAGCGAACUACACUAUUUGGCCAUUGGUGCAAAUAUGUAAUUUUUAUUUCGUACCUCUCAACUAUCAAACGCUAGUUGUUCAAGUUGUGUCUUUAGGAUGGAAUACAUACAUCUCCUAUAGAACUCACAAGAGAGAACACUAAACACUAAUGAAAUUUUUUCAUCGUUAUUUAUCGAUGCGUGAUGCGUUCCUUCUGUAUGGGAUACAAUAAAAACGAUGAUAUGAUAAGAUAUAAGAUAAAGUAUAUUCCCAGUAACUUUCGUUUUAUUUAUGUUUUAUGUCACUUGUAUAAUCAUUUUCUUAAUAACUGUACUGUACGUUUAGUUUUAUUGUAAUAGGUAAUCACGUAUAUUAUUUGUAACUCAAAAUGUGAUUUUAUAGUCCUGUAUUCAUUUUGUGGAUAGAUAUUGUGAAGAUUAAUAAUAUACGAUUGUUUUUCAA